AUACCGUACGUUGUACUGGUCAAAUUUCUGCUUUUCCAUUUACCCUCUCUUUUUCACGUUUAUCUGUGUGGAACUUAACGCCCCCCGUCCGCUUAUAGCUUUCUCCACUGUUGGUUUUUAUGGGGUUUGUCUGCUGAGAAAGACCCUUGUUUCAGAUGGCCCAAUCAUACCAACCCUAAUUUGCUUUCUGCUUGAGAAUUCCCACUCAGCUUCCUAUCUCUAUAUGUUUUUUUCGAUAUUCCAUCACCUCAUCAUCUUCAUCAUCUUCAUGCCCACAAAGAAAAGAGAGGAGAACUUUUAAAAACACUAUCAAGGUCAAUUUUUUCUUUGAUUUGGUGGAUCCAAGAUCCAAUCUCCUUCAUUUUCAGAUGCUUCUUUCUUUCAAUUCUUGAAGUAAAUUGGAUUUUUGUUUUUCCAUUUCUCUCUUUUUGUUGGGAAUUGAUCUUUCUGGAAUUAGAACUGGCUGAUCAAAGAGUGGGCCGAAGAAAAGGAGGACAGAAUUAGCUCCAGUCCUCAUUAGAUGCAGAGAAUUCGGAGGGUAUUUUCAAUGAAAUGAGGUAUGUUGUCGGGGUUGAUGAACUUUUUGAGGGCCUGUUUUUGGCCAAAAGCAGAUGGAUACGUUCACACGGGUUCCGAUACUAGUGGUCGUCAAGUGGGGCUUCUGUGGUUUAAGGACACUGGGCAGCAUUUUAAUGGUGAGUUUUCAAUGGCUGUAGUUCAAGCUAAUAAUUUAAUUGAGGAUCAGAGCCAAAUUGAAUCAGGUAGUUUGGGCAUGCAUGACUCUGGGCCGUACGGCACUUUUUUGGGGAUUUACGAUGGACAUGGUGGUCCGGAGGCUUCUCGAUUUGUCAAUGAUCAUCUCUUCCAACAUCUCAAAAGGUUCACCUCCGAGCAUCAAACUAUGUCGAUUGAAGUAAUUCGAAAGGCAUUUCAAGCAACAGAAGAUGGUUUUUUCUCAGUUGUCAGCAAACAGUGGCCCACAAAACCACAGAUAGCAUCAGUUGGCACAUGCUGCCUUGUUGGAGUUAUCUGCAAUGGAACUCUCUAUGUUGCCAACCUUGGCGAUUCCCGAGCUGUUAUGGGCAGUCGUGUCAAGGCAACAGGGGAAGUACUGGCCAUUCAGGUCUCAACAGAGCACAAUGUGAGUAUCGAAUCUGUAAGACAGGAGCUGCAAUCUCUUCACCCAGAUGACUCACAAAUAGUAGUUCUAAAGCAUAAUGUGUGGCGUGUAAAGGGCAUUAUACAGAUCUCUAGAUCAAUUGGUGAUGUGUAUUUAAAAAAGGCUGAAUUCAACAGGGAGCCAUUAUAUGCUAAGUUUCGAGUGUGUGAACCCUUCAAAAGACCAAUUUUGAGUUCAGAACCAUCAAUUUCUGUGCACCAAUUGCUACCUCAAGAUCUGUUCAUCAUAUUGGCAUCAGAUGGCCUGUGGGAACACCUCACCAACCAAGAAGCAGUUGAUCUAGUCCAAAAUCAUCCAUGCAGUGGGAGUGCUAGGAGAUUAGUGAAAGCAGCAUUGCAAGAAGCCGCGAAGAAGAGGGAAAUGAGGUACUCCGACUUGAAGAAAAUCGAGCGAGGAAUACGUCGGCAUUUCCACGAUGACAUCACAGUUAUUGUUGUGUUUCUCAACUCAAAUCUUGUAAGCAGGGCUAGUUCAACCAAGAGUCCUAAUAUAUCCGUGAAAGGGGGUGGCGACAUCAAUCUGCCUUCAAAAAUGCUUGGUCCUUCAGCUGUAGCUACUUGAUGACGCUCUUUCUAAUUUGUACUGUACUGUUCAAUGUGGAUACAGAUUAGCUACUUAAAAGUUAAGAGAUGCCCUUGAAUUUCUGAUGUGCCCUCUGUGGCGUUUAACCAAAGAAGGCAUAAUAAUCGGCAAUAGUUUCAAUACCCGAGGAGGCUGGAAAAUGAGAACUCCAAGAUGAUAAUAAUUGUAAUUAUGUUCUCUGGGUAAAUCUUUCAUUAUCUGUUGUUCUCUCCCUUGUGUCAUUUACUCCCUUACAGCUAAAAUGACUUUAUUGAUAUUUUGUUUGAAAACUGAUUAUCACAGUUGUUAUAAAUACUAGUGUCUUCACACUAGGCAGUGGCAUGCUUCUGUAAA